CUGAAGCUGUCAGGAGCUUGAAGGGGGAGUCAAAAGAAGACGAGCGGGAGGAAACUUCGAAAACGUCGUCCUCAACAACCAAUUCGUAUCCCACAAUAAGUCUUACCUGAAAGCAAGUAGUAGUAACCAUGGGUGUCUCAACCACUGUCCCGCAGACCAAGGUGUGGAACGGGAAGAAUGUCCCGGUCUACCCUAUGGAGAUCAUCGACUUCUCCAAGCUGCUCUCCCAGGAGCCUGCCGAGGUUGAGAGACUGGUUAAGGCUUGCCAGGACGAGGGAUACUUCUACCUAGACCUCCGAGGAAUUGACGGUCGCCGCAUGCUCGAGGACCAGCAGGACACUCUCCAGCUGAUGUACCGCUUCUUCGAUGCGCCCCUUGAGGCCAAGAACGAGUUCGGUCUCGUCGCUCCCCACCUCGGCUACGAGCCCAUCGGCUCUCGCACCGGUGUCCUCGACAACACCAAGGACGGGUACGAAAUGAUCAAGGUCUCGCGCGACGAGAUCCAAAAGGACAGCCCGCACCUACCGGCCGUGAUCAAGAACAGCCCCGACAUGAAAGUUCUCGAGCACGCCAUCGCCGGCGCCAACAUCGCCACCAAGACAAUCCUCGCGGCUCUCUCCACCGGCCUCGGUCUAACCGGCGCCGCCCGCUUCGAAAACUCCCACCGCAACGACCAACCCUCCACCAGCACCAUCGCCAUGAUGCACUACAUCCCAUCCGACCCAACAGCCAAGAACAUCGGGCACCAGAAGCACACCGACAUCAGCUCCCUCACAUUCCUCUUCGCCGAGCAAUGGGGUCUCCAAGUACGUCCUCCGGGAUCCAAAGAAUUCGGAUUCGUCGAGCCCAAGGACGGCAUGGCCGUGAUCAACGUCGGCGACUCCCUACGCUUCGCCAGCGGCCACACGAUGCAAUCCUGCAUCCACCGCGUAGUCCCCCUGGACCCCACCGAGCACCGCUACUCCAUCGCAUACUUCCUGCGCGCGGAGAACGACACCCCGUUCACCGACAGCGAGGGCCGAUACAUCACGGCAGGCCAAUGGCACGACGAGAAGUUCUUCGCUUUCACCAGCCCGCCCGAGAUCCAGGCCCUAGCCCCUAGCUCCAUGAUCCUCGGUGGCAUGAAGGAAGACGACGACGUUGAGGCUGCCGAGUCCAAGGACGCGCCUAGCCCUAUCGUCGGCGCUACCAACCUCAAGGAAACCGUCCAGGUAUACUAGAUCAAUAUUCCCGUUGUUUCUUGACUAGAUAAGAAAUAAAAGUGAAGAAAGGGG